AUGCCAGUGCCCGACAUUGGAUUUCUUAACAGGAGAUCGCAAGAUUUUAAAAUAGGAUAUUUAUCGUGGCUGGCAGGGCUUACGGAGCAGAUAAACGCUUCCCUUAAUCCUCGUUUACGUGGUAAGUGGCGAAUUUAAACGGCACAAAGCCUAAUACCACCUAAGCAUUUUGCGUGGCUUUUAAUUUAGAUCUAUGCACUUGAAUAUUCCUCGUUAAAAGUCACCUAAGGUACUACCCAAUCAUCUUUUCAGUUGUGCGUACAGUCUUUACCCUCAAACUUUGCUAUUUUCUUUAGCAUUUAGUUUCUCAGUUUAGUAGCAAAGUACUUUGCGCGUCAUUUAGCCGAUUCUCUCACUGGCACGAGCGCACGUUACUCGAGUUUCGCUCGUCACACAAUGUUCCCGGCUACGAGAGAAGAGCGUUGCGUGACGAAACAGAACGACUGUGUGCAAAUGAAUGAAUAAAAUCUUUAUUUUACUUAGAAUGUCAGAUGAUCUCAGAAAGCUUAAACUUACACUUCUCCUGUCAAAACAAUGUGCUGAGGACCCAAUUUAAUUGUCGCUGGUUUUGUCUACUUUCAUUUCUAGGUGGUUGGGUGACUUUACAAUUCCCACAAGUUCCUGAAAGGUACUUUGGGCACUUAGCUUGUCAAAUGGGAUGCAGGGUGCAUAGCAUGAGGCAGGUACCUCAUAAGAAGCCUCCAUUUUACUGCCCAUCAACAAGGCGAGUUUCCUAUAAAGUGUAUAGCCUCACUUCAUUUACGGAUGCAGUGCAUGAACAAACGCUCCUUAAACUAAAUGAUACGGCCUGGUACAGUGACCUACAGGAAGUGGAGAAAAGAUCUGACCUUAGCCCUCAGGAGGAACUCCAGGCUACCAAGAACCGUAGUUUUUGGAGCACUGACAGAAAUGAGGAGUCGUCAGGGGAUCUAUUAACCAAACGUCUAACAGCCAAAGCAAGUUUGGGGGUGGGUCCAGGACAAGGAAGGACUACUAGGGAGGUAGAA